GAAGAGAAUAUAUCAUUUUGCAGAUUCUCUCGCCGGAAUAUUCCCUCCUCUCAGGUCAGAUCAGGUGAUUCUUCUUUGCGGGCAAGAACCAACUCUUGGGGUUUUAAGAUAGGAAGUCAGUUGAGUUUGUGUGGUCAUGCACCUUGUCCGUGAGAAUCUAUUUAUUGGGAACAUAACAGAUGCUGCAGAGGUCCUCCAAAAUGGUAGCACCCAGAUCACACAUAUACUAUCAGUUUUGAGCUCUGCAUCAAUAUCUUUUUUCACUGAAUGGCGUAGCAGUCUCGCAAUUCCUAGUAAGGAAAUUAAGAAGGUUUUUGUAGGCGGGUGUGGGUCUGAUGGUGGUUCAGCUUCUGCUGAUGAUGAUUUGGUUGACUGUUCUAAGAAUUGUUUGUCGCCCCAGAAGCUGUUGUACUUGUUGGAAUAUGCUGGAAAGGAUUUGACGCUGGUUAGAAUGGCAGUGCCUAUUCGAGACAUGGAAAGUGAGGACUUGUUGGAUUAUUUGGAUGUCUGUUUAGAUUUCAUUGAAAAGAGUAGGAAAGAGGGAUCUGUCUUAGUGCAUUGCUUUGCUGGAGUGUCUAGAAGUGCGGCUAUCAUUACAGCAUAUCUGAUGAGAACUGAACAAUUAUCUCAAGAAGAUGCACUUGAGUCUCUGAGGAAAAGCUGUGAGUUUGUUUGCCCCAAUGAUGGCUUUUUGGAGCAGUUAAAAAUGUUUGAAGAAAUGGGCUACAAGGUUGAUCAUUCCAACCCCAUAUAUAAGCGAUUUCGCCUGAAAGUGUUGGGUGAUUCUUAUAACCGUGGGGAGAAAAUAGACAGUUCUAAAUUAGGUGCCGAUCCUGGUAUGCCUAAAGAAGGUUCCUCUGUCUCAGAGGCAUCUUCUAAGGAAGGAAAGAAUCACACUGUUGCUUACCGAUGCAAGAAAUGCCGAAGAGUUGUGGCGUUACAGGAUAAUGUUGUGGAUCAUAUUCCAGGAGAGGGUGAGACAUCUUUUGAGUGGCACAAACGGAGGAGUGGCAAUCCGUUUAACAAGUCUGCUGAGAGUGAAUGUUCAUCAAUCUUUGUUGAACCUUUGAGGUGGAUGACUGCAGUUGAAGAAGGUGCAUUAGAAGGGAAGUUGUGCUGCGCUCAUUGUGAAGCUCGCUUGGGUUACUUCAACUGGUCAGGCAUUCAAUGCAGCUGCGGAAGCUGGAUCACCCCCGCCUUUCAGCUCCAUAAAUGCCGAGUGGACAUCAGCACAGUUUAAUAUUCACCAUUCCACCAGAGCAACAGAUGUUCCCUCAACUUAACCCCUCCCGGACUACCACGUUUGUCAAAAGGUCAUUCGAAUAAUAUGGACCUCUCAUAUAAAACAUAUAACAUCAAAGCCGAGGUAUUGUUUAUAGAAGAAAACUAGAAAAAGAGCUGCAAAAAUGUUUGUUAUUUUUGCUUGCGGCUUGCUGAGGUGCUGCUGCCUUGCCCUGCAACGUCAAGUAAAAUGCUGGCUUAUUUUGUGCAAUACAAUCCAAGUUUUUAUUUUGGCUUUGUGGACUUGUGGACCAAUUUGCUUGGUUAUAAUCUGGUGUUGCGGUUAAGCUGUCAUGGAUAUGUUUUGCACCUCAGCCGUUUCCCCUUGUAUUAUCACUUUAAUUUAAUUAGCUCCUUGGCAAUUUUCC